AAAAAAAUGUCGAUUUUAUCCACCAAACAAUCAAAAUGGAAACGAUCGCAAGGAAGUAGCUCAAUCCUCUCCAACUCAAAGCGACUUCUCCACAGCACUUGUACUUGAAAUACAUCAGUAAGAUGAAUCCGUGAGAGCUACGGAUUUUAAAUGAUUGCGUACCUCAGUGAAAAUUGAGAGAAUUGCUGAGUUACAGUAACGUAAAUACAGCUGGUGUUGUUUAGCUUCCUCCGUAAUGUCCAAAGCUGUCAUAAUUUUUGGACAAUAACACCGUCUCUUAUCUUCAUUUUCAUUGUUUAAAAAAAAAUUUUCAAAUAAAAAAUCAGAAUGCACCGGAGAGGCGUCGGUGCGGGUGCCAUCGCCAAAAAGAAGCUAGCAGAGGCCAAAUAUAAAGAGAGAGGAACUGUUCUCGCAGAGGAUCAGAUAGUUCAGAUGUCCAAGCAGCUGGACACAUUCAAGUCCAACCUGGAGGAGUUCGCCAGCAAGCACAAACAGGAAAUCCGCAAGAGUUCUCAGUUCCGCGUCCAGUUUCAGGAGAUGUGCGCCACCAUUGGAGUUGACCCACUUGCCUCUGGCAAAGGAUUUUGGUCAGAGAUGCUCGGCGUGGGCGACUUCUACUAUGAGCUCGGCGUGCAGAUUAUUGAGGUUUGCUUGGCCCUCAAGCACAGAAACGGAGGACUCAUCACUUUGGAUGAACUCCAUCUCAGGGUGCUCAAGGGACGUGGUAAAUACGCUCAGGAUGUCAGCCAGGAUGAUUUGGUGCGAGCCAUCAAGAAACUCAAAGUCAUGGGCAACGGUUUCGGGAUGAUUCCGGUGGGCGGCUCCUACUUGGUGCAAUCCGUCCCAGCGGAGCUCAACAUGGACCACACAGUGGUCCUGCAGCUGGCUGAGAAGAAGGGCUACGUGACGGUGAGUGAGAUAAAGAACAGUCUCAAGUGGGAAAAGGAGCGAGCGAGUCACGUCCUGGACCACCUACUGAAGGAGGGCCUGGCCUGGCUGGACUCUCAAGCAUCAGACGAGCCGCAGUACUGGCUGCCCGCCCUCUUCUCCGAGCUCACCUCCCGUGAUGUCACGCCCGAGGAGGCCAAUCAGAUGAGCCCAUGACCGGACGGAACCUGUUAGCCCAUAUUGUGCCAUCACCAGGUGGCGAGUUUACGUUUAAGGACAAUUGUGACUACAAAAUAUGUCAGUGCAGUAAACUCCGGUUUAUUGCGGCGGAUACGUUCGACACAUAUAAUUGGUGAAAAAUCGGCAAUAUAGAGAGACCAUAUAAAAAAAAAUGUUUAUAUGGUCUCUCUCUUAUUUGGACACCAAAAUGUUCAACCAAACCAUAUAUUAAUUCUCUGCUCUGUGGGAACAACGGCUAUUACUAGAGCUUAACUGGGGACCUUCUCUGCCUUUUCUUGCUCUUAAUUAUGCUGCUUCUCCUCCAUUACACCUCUGUGCUGGCCGCCCUAUUGUGUCAAAACGUGGUACGACACUGAAGGCUCACUACACAAAGUUUGGACUCGCUUGUAUAUUGUAAAAAACUAAUGAUGAUGAUGAUGAUAAUAAAAAACAAAGCGAUUGCCUAAAUAGCUCUAAUGUAACAAGGGAACACUGUAAUGGCUUCAUAUCGAUGUCAACGUGAUCAAGAAAAAUAAGCCUUUUUUUUAUUUCAGCGGACAGUUUGUCUAAAAAUUUCCUAAUCAAUUAAAAUACAUUAAGACAG